CUCACCUCAACAAACGCCUCCGCGUUGCCCACCCUCUCUUCUUUUCACCAUGAACAAUACAACACCACAUCCCUCUCGACUUGCCCUCCCACCGCGAUGUCGUCCUCAGCGAAGAAGCCGACCGCGAUAGUGAUCGGCUCUGGCGUUGGCGGCGUCAGCACUGCUGCCCGCCUGGCUCGCGCAGGCUUCCACGUCACCGUCCUCGAGAAGAACAACUUCACCGGCGGUCGCUGCAGUCUCAUCCACUAUGACGGCUACCGAUUCGAUCAAGGGCCCUCGCUCCUCUUACUCCCCGGCCUCUUCCAUCGCACUUUCGCAGAGCUCGGAACGAGCUUAGAGCAGGAAGGCGUAAAGCUUUUGAAAUGUGAACCGAAUUACAUGAUCCACUUCUCCGAUGGCGAGAAGUUCACCUUGUCAAGUGAUCUGAGUGUCAUGAAGAGGGAAGUAGAAAAAUGGGAAGGAAAAGAAGGAUAUACACGCUAUCUCGAAUUCCUGAAAGAGAGUCAUGGACACUACGAGUUGAGUGUACGAGAAGUCUUGCUCAGGAACUUCGAAGGCUUGACAGCAAUGCUGCGUCCUGAGUUUCUACGACAUCUGUUACAAUUACAUCCUUUUGAAAGCAUUUGGACAAGAGCGGGGAAAUAUUUCUGGACAGAGAGGCUGAGGAGAGUCUUUACAUUUGGAAGCAUGUAUAUGGGCAUGAGCCCGUUUGAUGCGCCGGGCACGUACAGUCUGCUGCAGUAUACGGAACUGGCAGAGGGGAUUUGGUAUCCUGUGGGGGGAUUUCACCGGGUUGUGGAAGCGCUGGUCAGGAUUGGGGAGAGGGAGGGAGUGGAUUUUAGGAUGGAGACCGCUGUGAAAAAGAUCCUGCUGAGUGAAGAUGGAGGUGCUGCAAGAGGUGUGGAACUGGAAGAUGGGACAAGAUUGGAGGCGGAUGUGGUGGUCAACAAUUCAGACUUGGUGUAUGCAUACGAGAAGCUGUUGCCGAUCAAGACACCAUAUGCAGAGAGCUUGAAGGGGAGACCUGGGAGCUGUUCGAGUAUAUCCUUCUAUUGGGCGUUGGAUCGACAAGUACCAGAACUGGAGGCGCACAACAUCUUUCUAGCAGACGAGUACCGGGAGUCAUUUGACAGCAUCUUCAAGAAGCACCUGAUACCAGACGAGCCGAGCUUCUACGUCAACGUUCCGAGCAGAGUCGACUCUACCGCCGCCCCAGAAGGAAAAGAUUCUGUCGUGGUAUUAGUACCCGUAGGCCAUCUCCUCGAAGAAGAUCGCCACGCCUCACAAGCACCUCAACAGUCAGCAUCGCAGAACGGACACAUCUCCUCCGCCUCUCCAACAGACCAAUCAGGCCUCACCCCAACAGAAAAACAAAACUGGCCCGCCAUGAUCUCUCUCGCCCGAACAACCAUCCUCUCCACAAUCCAAUCCCGCACAAACGUCGACCUCACCCCCCUUAUAAUCCACGAAUCCACCAAUUCCCCUCUCUCAUGGAAACAAACCUUCAACCUCGACCGCGGAGCUAUCCUCGGUUUAUCCCAUUCCUUUUUCAACGUCCUCUGUUUCCGCCCUAAAACUCGCGCUCGCAAACCGGGUGCGUUCGAUGCGCAGCUUUUGAAAUUAGGAGUUGUGGGGAGAGCAGCGGAGGUUAUUAUUGAUGCGUUUAGAGGGAGGAGUAAAGAUAUCAAGGGGCUGUAUAUGGUUGGGGCGAGUGCGCAUCCGGGGACUGGAGUGCCGAUUUGUUUGGCUGGAGGGGCGUUGGUUGCGGAGCAGAUUUGUGGGGAUUAUGGGGUGGAGAUUCCGUGGAAGGAGGAGAGGAAAAGGGAUGAUGUGGGAGGGAAAAGGAAGUUGGAUGUGUUGGAGAGGCCGAUGUGGUUGGAUAGUUGGGAGCAGUGGGUUAGUGUGUUAAUUUAUGUGUUGGUGGCGAUUUUCGCUUGGCUCUGGGUGAAGUUUCGAUGAUGAGGGCGAAGGGAAAGCUGGGAUGAGGCUGGUGCAUGAAAGGAAGACGAUAUGGCUACGUUCAGAACAUCUAUAGAACGAUCUUCAAGCUACGACAAAGCAAUCCAAGUAUCAUCUCCUGAUACCAAGUCGGCCAACACUGAAGCCGCGCCUACACAGCACUCUGUGCCUCAUACCAUGGCCUUAGCUCGCUCUCAGAACCAAAUUGCAGGACGUCAACGUGAUCGGGCUUUCACUAAUUUGCGAAUGCUCCGCUUAUACAGAACCAAGACCAUCGAACUACUUUGAC